AUGACGAUCGACCGGCCGCCCACUGCCUACGAGGAGCGCGUGUACACAAUGUGCUCAGCAAUCCCCAAGGGCCGCGUCACCACUUAUGGCGACAUGGCCAAGGCGCUGUCGCCGCCGUCGUGCGCGCGCGCCGUCGGCCAGGCGAUGCGGCGCAACCCAUUCGCCCCCAAAGUGCCCUGCCACAGGGUGGUGGCCUCUGACCUGAAGCUGGGCGGGUUCAAGGGCUCAUGGGGCACGGAGACCGCCAACGUGAAGCUCAAGCGCCAGAUGCUUCUGGAGGAGGGCGUCGAAAUUGAGGGGGACCUCAUCGGCCGCCACUGCGUCGUGCGCGCGGGGGAGCUGCAGCGCCUUGUCGCCGGCAAGAAGUAG